GCCAACCGGAUGUCCAAGUAUUCCAGCAGCCAGAAAGAUGUCUUCGCCGUGCCCGCGACUUUAGUAAGCAGGGACAACCGGGAGCAAGGAAAAUUCCAGGGGAUUAAGCAUCGCGAGCCACUGGUCUUCUUCAUUAUGCGACUCAAUCUGAAAGCUGUACUGCUCAUCCUGACAGUAGCUGUGGUGGUAAUCACGCUGGGCGUCUACAUGCGCUGUGCCGCAUUUUCAUUUUCGCCGGACCUUGUGCGUCCGUUGGACAGGUCAGUCAGGCUGUCCUCUAGCGGAGGGGAGUCUACCGCUUUGCAGGACAUCGAGUGCUCCAUUAACCAGGAGUAUAGCGUUCACUGCAAGCGGGACGAGAACGCCAACGAGGUGUACGUGCCGUUCUCUUUCCUACGCAACUACUUUGACGUCAGCGGAGCGGUCUCAACGAGCGGCAGCGAAGUGGCCAAGUUUAAUUGGAUGCACAGCACGUCCAAGGUAAACCUUCCCAGGGGAAAGUACGAUGCACGUGGAGUCUUCAUGUACUUUGAAAACUACAACGUGGAGGUGCGCGACCGGGUGAAGUGCAUCAGCGCCGCUGAGGGCGUGCCGGUAAGCACGCAGUGGGAAAAACGUGGCUAUUUUUAUCCAACGCAGAUUGCUCAGUUUGCGUUGUCGCACUAUAGCAAGAAUCUCACGGAACCUGCGCCCAAGGUGCGCGUUUUAGAGGACGGUGACGGAAACCAAAUGGACUGGAGCAUUCCCAAGACUAGCAACAUGACGCGUAUCUGGCAUCACAAGUUCAACACCAGCGUGGUUCAAUUCGAGACAGCACCUGGCUACGAGGGUGUCAUUAGCAUCGCCCUUAAUCAGACGCUGGAUUUGCUGCUCAGCGUGGACCUGCUGCUUGUGACGAAUAGUAGCAGUCUCAUGGUGACCGUCCAGAACCGGGAUACCCGGCAUAACUACACCCUCCACUACAUACCCGCCGACCUGCUGUUAAGCGUGCAGGACUCGAACAUUUACUACGGCCUGGGCGGAUCGGCACUGAACAAGUGGCGUCACAUCACCCGGGACCUACACAUCGACGUGCAGAAGGGCAUUGUCCUAGGGGAUAAGCGGUCGCCGCUGAAAGUGCGCCGCUCCGACCUGGAAGUCCUGUCCAUCGGAUUCCUUGGACUGGGCUUCUACGACAACAUCACUUUGUCCACCAGUGACCAUCUGGCCCACUUCUACGACGCUGCUGAAUGGUUUGUCCACAACCAGGACCCCAAGACAGGUGGAUGGACCAAUCCCGUGCGACGCAGUCUUAAUGGCUUUGCCGAGCUGCGUCCCGGCUGGAUCUCGGCCAUGGGUCAGGGGCACGCCAUUUCGGUGUUGGCACGAGCUUACUGGCACUCUGGCGGGGAUGAGCGCUUCCUAAGGGCGGCUACAGCUGGACUGCAACCUUACAGAGUAUACUCGCGUGACGGCGGAGUUCUGGCCCAGUUCAUGGACAAGUUCUACUGGUACGAGGAAUAUCCCACCACGCCACCCUCCUAUGUGCUGAACGGCUUUAUAUAUUCCCUUCUGGGCCUUUAUGAUCUUAACAGCACUGCGCCAGCGAAGAUCGCCCGAGAGGCUGGAAAGCUUUUCGCCCAGGGUAUGUUUUCUCUAAAGAAGAUGCUGCUGCUUUAUGACACUGGUUCCGGCACCAGUUACGACCUGCGGCACCUGAGCCUGGGCGUGGCACCCAACCUCGCGCGCUGGGACUAUCACGCGACGCACGUCAACCAGCUGCUCCUGCUGGCCACCAUCGACAGCGAUCCACUGAUCGCGCAGACUGCGGAGCGCUGGAAGGGGUACAUGUUUGGCAGACGGGCUAAACAUAACUGAGAACUAAGGAAACUGGCGGUCUACCGCCAACGAAAAAGUGAUAUUUUGUAGGGCUUACGUAUUGUGCUUAACCAUUCUAAAUGGUUGCACGUGGUGACAUGCCAUUUUCACACCCUAACACUCCUGACCCGAAAAUAAUUUAGUGUUUCUGUUGUGUAAUUUCCGCCCUCGAAAUGUGCUGUAGUCAUAUUUUGGUUCGUCCUGCUAGGCGCCUAGUGUUAAGCUAUUGUACCUUUAACUUCGAAUGCACUCUCAGAUGUUGGCCUCGUCUUUAAUAUUUGUUGAACCCCCUAUUGAUAGCUUAAUUGUUUUUCCGAGAGUAGAUGCACGCGCACUCACUGGACAAUAUCUAGAAAUGAACAUUUAACUCUAACUGUUUUAGUCAGAAUUUUUUAUUGCGCAAACUAAGUAGAGUUCGUUAAUACACUUGCCUGUAUAAAGUAAUUUAGAAAGCUUAGCAUAAUAGAUGUAGAACGUAGAAUGUGUCUGUUAGAUACGAACGUAGAUUAUAUUGGGCCUCCCCAGCAGAGGUCAUCGUAGCGUUCCCACUUAAAUAUUAACUACCCAAAGCCCAAAAAACAUAUGUAUGCUUACGAUGCACGAAAAUAACGACUUCUAUAUGUAAUGUAAUGUAAUGUAGUGUAUGCCACUUGAGGAUAUUUAGUAUUUCUCGGAACUUAAUGCCAUUCCAAACUUUAUUUUAUUUUAACUCCUAAGUUUUCAACAUUGCCGAGAAGCUGUCAAUUAAACGAGGUAAUUUACCUUUUUGAAUAACUCUACGGAUGCGUUGUCUGUGGCCCACUACUAAACCCGAAACGAGACUGUUAAUAAAAACUAUUGAUUUUGAGAAUAUGUUAAGUGAACCAAAUUAAAGUACUUAAUUUAUGUUCUUUGUAA